CUGGAUUGCGGUGGAGGCUGACAUUUUACUGUAGGCCUAUGCUCGGUUUUAUUGAAUAUUGGUUGUAUUCUUCAAAUCACGUCAUUGAUUCAUUUUCAUCGAUUUGAUUCAUUAGUUUUAUCAUUUAGCAAUAAUUAAUAGAGAAACAUUGAUUAAAGACCUAUAAAAAUGUGGACUACAGCAAACAUCUUAUAUUUAUCUCUUGGUUUACCAGGCAGCCUAACUACAAUAGUUCUCGCUGUUGUAGCCAUUCUAAAAUGCUUUUGUAAUGACCGGUAUGGAGACUGGGAGAAUGCUGUUAAGUGUUGUGACAAAAAGAAGAAAUCCCAAGAUGAUGAUACGAAAGAAAAUGAAGAUAAAGGUACUACUGAAACUCAACCAAAAGAUACAGACCCUUUUCUUCCUCCACCGGCAACAGAUGUGGCCAUCCCAGUACAGGUAGAAGACAACAGCUUUGAUCAACACAACAGUGGUCAAUCAAAUGAUAAAAGUGAUGGUGAUGAUAAAGGCACAGAUGUGGCCAUCCCAGUACCAGAUUAUGCUGACAGUACCCCAGUGGCUGGGACAAAUCCAGAUGUGGUCAUCCCAGUAACAGAUUAUGCUGACUGUAGCCAAGUGGUUGGAAUAAAUCAAGAUACUCCUGAACCUUCAGACCACAUUGACACAAUGAGAGAUAAUAUAGAUCACAAGAUUUUAUGUAAAAUAAAGGAAGAACUAGUAAACGAAGGUACAUUAAAAAUAUCGGAUGUGGAAUCGUUUUGUGGUCAAACAUGGGAUGGACUUCAGUAUGCUCAUUUACGAAGUCAACAUCAUGCCAAAAGCCCAUUGUUGAUGGCAGUAGACUUGGCAAAUGAUUUCAUACGCUACAAGAUGGCACCUGGUGCAGACCCCUGUAAUGACAACGCUUUAGCUCUACGAAAACGAGGUGAUGAAGUGAUAUCAAAAUUAGAUGCAGAUGACCAGUAUAAAAAUUGUCUAGAUGAAUUAGAUUUUAGUGUUGAUGGAAAUGGAUAUGAACAGUUUCAAAAUCUUGUAGACUCUAUGUUGGAAGAGGGGGGUGUGAACUGGGGUCGUAUUGUUAUGGUGUUUGUUGUUGGAGCCAAACUAGCCAUGAAGUACAAUUCCACAAACUUAAUAUAUUACACUGGAAAUAUUGUCCAUUGCAAGUUUACCCCAUGGAUCCAACAAAAUGGGGGAUGGGAUUCACUUCAAGGUUUGAAUAUAUCCUCUGGCAGGCAGUAUAAUAUUUGGAGUUGGUUUUCCUUUUCAUGGAUGUAAUCUACAAAGGGAUAUUUUCUACAAAGGGAUAAGUGUUUAAUGUCACAGAUAGUAUGCAAAAUGAACUAUUGAAGAUUGGGAACAUAAGGGAAGGCCAAGUAACACAAGAGAAAAUAACACAUUUCUUUUAAAUGUAAACGAUGGACACUUACACACCUAAACCUAAAGUAUAAAUGUUACAUUUACUUUACAAUAUGCCAUUCAGAUUUGUUUUCAGUGUGUUUUUCAAGUUGGUCACAAAAAUUAUUGCAAAUUGACUAAAAACGUUUUAUAUACAGUAGUAUAUGAUAAAAAAAAUAUUUUUUUAGGAAAAUGUAGCUUUUUAUGGACACCUUUAGUCAGGAAUUACACAUAUUUGUUCAGUGUGUUAAAAGCACCACAGACAUUUUGUUAGAACUUGCAGUAAAUCAAUUUUUAUUCAAAGUAUAUUAUUGAAUGGAAACAACUUAUAAGACAUAAAAAUACAAUGUUUAAUGAGCCUUAUCCUUUUUAAAGUCAAAAAUCGUUGAGUUUAAAAAAUAGAAUAUUGCAUCAUGUCAAGAAAAUUGAAAGUAAUUAAUGACUAUCCAUAUUAAUCUAUAUAUCAUAUUUGAAUAAAAGCCGUUCUUUGAAUACCCCCAACUUGAUUAAACACCCCCUCACUAUCAGAAUCAACAAAACGCCCCCACUCUCAAAAACCCUUCUCAAUAAUAAACGCCCUGGGGAGUUUAUUCAAAUAAUGCGGUGUUGUAAUUAAUAUCAGGCAGCAUUCUUUAUUUGUUAGUUUGUUACAGAAAAACUUAUAAGCUUAGAGAUUAAGAAUGGUUUUUUAUGUCAAUUCGUGUGUAAUUAAUAUCAUGAAAGCAUUUGAUCAGUUUGAUCACUGUAGCUGUCAAUAAGUUGAUUGAACUUGGGGGUGAGAUCAUCUGUUGUCACAAUUAUUUGCAGUUUUCUCAGCUGAUGCAUCAUGAGCACUAGAUUUGCUCAGUUAUGUAGUGCCCCAGGGCACCCUACUAAGACCAUCACAGUUCUUGUUGUUGAUCAAUGAUGCAUUUGCUGGGUGCUGUAGGAGGUGGAAAUAUGUUGAUGAUCUCCCUCUGGGUAAAGUAGUUAGUUGCUGCUGUCACUUUGCCAAUGUGAAUUUGUUGACUAUGUAACAAUAAAGAAAUGAACUUACACUAAGUAUGACUCUGUAACAAUGAAGAAAUGAACUGACACUAAGUACUGGUAGUUUUUAGAGAUAUUCUUCCAGAGUAUUAUAUUCCCACAAGUAUUAUAUUCUCCAUCUGCCUUGAUUUUUGAAAAUGAAAUAUGAACUUUUUUAAUUUUA